AGCCCGGAGCCCCGCGGACGCUCCUUUCUACCCGCCCCGCUUACCAUGUGAGCAACAUGUCCGGGAAAAGCUCUGAUUGGGUGGAGAUCUUGGAGCCACGCUCCCGUGAGCGCAUGUACGUGAAUCUGGCCACAGGUGAAUGUGGCUGGGAUCCUCCCGCAGGCGUUCCUGUCCGCCAGGCGGACGGCAACCAGUGGUGGGAGUUGUUUGACUCCCAGAGCGGUCGCUUCUACUACUACAACUCCACGGGCCGUCGCACGGUGUGGCAUCGCCCGCAGGGGGCCGACAUCGUCCCCCUCUCCCAGCUGCAGGCCAUGAAGCGCUGCAGCGAGGCCAGGAAGGCCGGGGGGGCGGCGGACAAACACCACCACCACGGUACCACGGGGAGCACCGGCAGCGUGAGGAGCACCAGCAGCCUGAGAAGCCAGGGCCGCUGCACACCUCUACCUGAGCAGGAAGGGGAAGGCCCUGCCCCCGGAGCUCCCGGAGCCCCCGCAGCCCCGGAGCAGCGCCAGGACGACGCCGGCUCGGAGGCAGACUCAACGCUGGACAGCAGACUGACGGCAGACGGGGGCAGCGCCGAGCAGAGCACAGAGAGCAGCAGAGACCUACAGAGGGACACCUCUGAGAGAUGGCAGCCGACCCCCGGCUCUAAAGCCGCCAUGCUGGUGAAGGUGAACAGCCUGAGCCGCAGCCAGCACCUCCAGCACCCCCAGCACCCGCAGCACGGCGCUCCCAGCAAGGCUCACACCUUCAGCCUGUACGCCUCCAGCAAGGCCCCGGGCGGGCACCCCAGCUCCAGCCAGGGGUACAAGACGGCCCCGUCGGGCAGGAUGGCUGCCGAGGCCCGCCAGCACCAGCAGCAGCAGCACCUGAGGAAGGCUAGCACCGGCAGCUUCUGCCUGCUGGCGGCGGACAGCACCCACCCCAGUCCGCUGCUCCACAGGUCCCAGACCAGCACGCCGCACCCCGUCUCCCCCCAGUACGGCUGCACCACCCCGAUCUACGACGAUCCGGUCUCAGACUGCCCCAUCUACGACGAACCCCCCACAGACAUGGAGGUGGAGGGGGCGCACCUGUACAACGGAGCCCCUCUGUCCCGCCUGACGCCCACCCAGAGCCUGCAGAAGCCACUCCACCUCCAGCACCCGGGCUCCUCUCACUCGGGGUCCAGGCACCGCCGGAACCCCUCGGCCUCCGACUACAGCCCCGCCGGGCUGGAGUGCAUCAAGCACAUGAUCAACGUGGACCCCAAGCAAGGGUCCCCCGCGUCCACCCGCGCCCCCUCUCCCAGCCAGGGCCCCAGACCGGACCCGGCCCCGCCCCAGCAGGCCCGGGGCCCGCUGAGGGACAGAGAUCCAGCAACGCCGGGCCCCAGUUCACUGGACAAGAAGCAGAGCUGGCGGAUGCUGGAGGCCACGGUGCAGCGGGCCAUGGACGCCCGGCACAGCCGGCAGAGCAGCCAGGUCUCCCAGGACUUCUCCUCGUCCUCCACCCCGCUGGCCGCCGCCAACUACCAGGACUCGGGCUACUCCACCGGGCCCUCCCCGAGCCUGAGGCGGAAGAGCCGCAGGAGGGUGGGCGCGGCCGGGGCCGCGGGGGGCCGGCCGGGCUCGGUGGGCAGCAGCGGGGAGCUGUGCGCCCUGAACGAGCGGCUCAUGGCCGAGGUGAGGGAGGUGGUGAGCCGCUCCAACACCAUGAGGGAGGUGAGGGCGGGGCUGGACCGGGACCUGGCCCCCCGGACACGCUCCCCCGUGGACUCACUACGGUGGUACGGAGCUGGGCCGCCGGGGCCGCCGCCACCGCCGGGCCGGUGUCCGUCACGAGAAGACGUCAUGGGGGCCGCCCGCUCCCUGAAGGGGACGGGUAACUACGGCAACCCGGCCCUGACGCCUCUGGAGAUACCGGGCAGACAGAAAAGGACUUAUGAGAAGGUGGACACCUUGGAGAUGAGCAUCAACAGCCAGGCCAGCCUGUCGUCGCCAGACACCCCAGGACCGCCCUCCCAGACGGGCACCCUGGAGCUGCAGGCCGCGCUGGAGAGCAGGAAGAAAGGCAUGGUGGACGGCCAGACGGCCUCGCUGGGGCCUCGCCGCCCCACCAGCCUGGACGGCAGAGAGGGAGGCGACGGCGCGGGAGGGCGAGGAGGGGCGUCGGCCUACACGCUCUCGUACGCCAGCCUGCGGCAGCCCCCGCCCCCGGAGCUGGGCAUCGAGGACUGGGCCAGCAAGCACCUGAACAUGCACACGCAGGGACUGUUCCGGCGCCGCGUCUCCAUCGCCAACAUGCUGUCCUGGAACCGCGGCUCCAUCAAGAAGCCCAUGCUGGUGACCAGCAACCGCGCCGUCCGCAAGGAGGCCUGCGAGAUGUUCAAGCUGGUGCAGGCCUACAUGGGGGACCGGCCCUCGCGGCUGGACCGCCGCCACAGCGCCCUGCUCAUCGUCACCAAGUGCUGGGACAUGCCGGGGCUGCGGGACGAGCUGUACGUGCAGCUGGUGCGGCAGACCACCGCCAACGCCAGCCCCCGCAGCCUGGCGGCGGGCUGGGAGCUGAUGGCCGUCAGCCUGGCCUUCUUCGCCCCCUCGCCCAAGUUCCGCUGCUACCUGGAGGGCUACAUCCAGAGACACACGGAGCCCACCAGCGACAAGAAAUGUGAGUCUCAGACUGAGCUGCAGGUGACACAGUUCAUCCUGGAACAGCAAGAGAUGAAAAUGAAGAAGAAUUCAAAGUCCAGGAAGAAGCGAAAACAGAACUCAGACGAGGAAGAAGGCCUUCCCGUCAGCACGUACGCCAAGUUCUGCCAUAGGAAGCUGCUGAAGGUGGCCAUCACCGGGGGGAAGAAGGGUCUCCGCAAGCCCACCUUGGAGGAGAUCGACCACAGCAGACGGGCCAUCCUCACCCCGUCCCUGUUUGGCAGCUCUCUGGAGGAGGUGAUGGAGCGGCAGAGCGAGCUGUUCCCAGACAGGAAGCUGCCGUGGGUGCAGGUCCAGCUGUCCCAGUACGUGCUGGCUCUGGGCGGGGCCCAGACCGAGGGCAUCUUCAGAGUACCUGGAGACAUCGACGAAGUCAAUGCACUGAAGCUCCAGGUGGACCAGUGGAGGAUUCCUGAGAACCUGUCUGACCCCAACGUUCCUGCCUCUCUGAUGAAGCUCUGGUACCGAGAGCUGGAGGAGCCGCUCAUCCCCAUGAACUUCUACAAGCAGUGCAUCAGUAACUGUGAUGACCCGGGGGCGGCCAUCGCCGUGGUGCAGUCUCUGCCGGAGCUCAGCCGGCUGGUGCUCUGCUACUUCAUCCACUUCCUGCAGGUGUUCGCUCAGCCGUCCAACGUGGCCAUAACCAAGAUGGACGUGAACAACCUGGCCAUGGUGAUGGCUCCCAACUGCCUGCGCUGCCAGUCCGACGACCCGCGGGUCAUCUUUGAGAACACACGCAAGGAGAUGUCCUUCCUGAGGAUGCUCAUCGUCCACCUGGACACCAGCUUCAUCGAGGGGGUGGUGUAGACACUGGAGAGCACGGGCCAGGCACGCAUCUACAAUCAUUCAGAAACACUGUUUAGAACACACUGGAAACUGUCGGGGGCGAUGUCGCUGCCAUCACAACCCGAGAGAAACGCUUGGACUCGGGACCCUCGAGACGAGACGUGCCGUCUUCGCUGUCACUGUUCUCCAUACUGAAAUCCACAGCGCCUGCUCUCGAGCGGUGUACUUCAACAAGCGUACUUCUACAAGCGUACUGAAAGGCGGCGGCUGCACGUGAAGCGGGUGAAGCCUCUGCUGCUGACGGGGCCGGGGCUGCGUUUCCUUCCACAAGAUUCACUUGCACGAACAAAUCCUAAACUCAGACGUGAUGACGUUCUCAGCUUUCUCAGUUCCUAGUUGUGUUGGUGAAAAACACCACCUUUAUUCUAUCAUGUUCAAAAAAAUUAAAAUAUGAAAAGCUAAGGAAUUCUUGUAAUUGUGUUUGAUUAAUAAGCUUGUCUGUGCUGUUUGGACUACGUGUACUGAUUGAUUGGGGUUUCUUUGUAUCUUUUAUGCAAGGCCUAAAGAGCACAGAGCCUGUACAUCAAAGUGCAGGCUGGAAGAAUAUGUAGAAGAAAAUCAAAGGACAUACUAACUGAAAUCAAACAGAAAUUGAUUCGAAUGACAGUCAAUGUGGCCCCCGUGUGGGAGGCCGAUCGUCCAACAGGUAACUCUUUACGUGUAAUUUGUAAGAAGUGUUUCAGUUUGAGUUGUGUGGGGUUUUGUUUGCGAUCAGUAUGUUUUUGUUUCCGUUUUGGUUCAGCUCUUAUAAGGAAGCGACUGUUGGACGUAACAUCUGUCAUAAUCGGAGCGUUUUAUUAAUCUUAUGCAAACCCUCGUUGCGAUAAUGGGAUAUUGUUUAAGUGUCGAGCAAUAUAAGAAUGUAAAAGAAGCUUUUUGUGUCCACUCUCAGGCUUUGCGGAUGUAAAUAAAAAUGAUCUGUGUAAAAUUGUACUAACUUUCUCGAAGUAUAUUCUAACAAUCUGGGUUGUCAAGGAUUUAACUGUUUUUGUAAAGAGGAAUAAAACAUGUUUUUGUUGUAAUUAUUAACUGUG